AUGUCAAAGACGCAGAAUGGAGUGGGUAAUGAUCCACAGCUUCAAGCGGUCAACGCAUUUACAGAGGCUCAGUCACUACUCGAUAUAAUGCUGAAGAAUUUCUAUUCAGUGGAACGACAAGCGGCGGAUCCAUUUUUGCUUAGAGUCGUUAUAGCUGGUAAAAAGAAGGAAAGUGCUGGUCGUUCUGUUGGAUCGCUUCUGCCGGAACUUUUGAAUGUAGCUGUGAAUACAAGUGAGAAUCCUUUAUGUGAGGAUAACGAAAAGUCCGCAAAAAAUUUUGCUGUGCUUGUUGAGUAUGAUGAUUAUUUUAUUGAACUUAUUGAAGGAUUUGAAAGGCAUAUUAUCAAUUUUCUAAAGCUUUUAGAAAAGCACUGCUCACAGAAAGAAGAUAUUAUUUGCUAUGAUGUACGGCUGUUGUAUUUGGUUGAUGAUGUCCCGUCACCAAUAGCAUCCUUUUUUGUGCACAUCGACAAAGUGCCUGCUAUGAGUACAGAGGGUGAGCCUCAGGAUAGUACGGAUGAAGAGAUUGCCGAUACGAUUGCAGAGGAUGUUAAUAAUCUGAUGAAGCUUUUGAAUAUGGUGGCAGAUGAACCAAGUACCAAACGCAAGCUAUUCUUGGAUAACCUUAGAGUGACUCAUCCCCUACUUUUUCCCCGAAAAUCAAUGAUAAAAAAGUAUCUGGAAAGCGACAUUUUUUUUACGCUUUCGGAGUAUAUUGACGUCUAUGGAAAAAUAUCAGGAUUUACCAGAGAUAUUGAGUUAAAUCAUCCUGUUGUAGAUUCAUUAAAAUGUUGA